AAGUUCUUAUACGAAUCGCAACUCAAAAAGUAUGACAAACCGGGAGACAUAACAGUUCCCACAGAGUUCUCGCAUAUUCUUCAAGAAAAUGUCGAUUUUAUGACAUCAUUAGCCGAAAGACAUUAUUAUAACUGUGAAUAUCAGCAGUGCUUUAAAAUAACCUCUCAAGUUUUAACGCGAGAUAUCUAUCACACACAAUGCCUUCCCAUCCAUUUGUCGUGUCUCAUGGAGUUGAAGAAAACAAACGCACUUUUCGAUUUGGCGCAUAAACUGGUGGAUCUCUACCCGGAGAGUUCUUUGUCGUGGUUCGCUGUGGGAUGUUAUUACCUACUGAUUAACAAAACAGAUGCCGCGCGAAGAUUCCUCAGCAAAGCUACCACUUUGGACAAUGUGUUGGCGCCGGCAUGGCUUCUGUACGGACACUCAUUCGCGGUGGAGAGCGAACACGACCAGGCGAUGGCCGCUUACUUCAAGGCCUCGCAUCUUAUGAGGGGCUGUCAUCUGCCGCUCCUGUAUAUCGGUUUAGAGUACGGCUUAACCGAUAACACCAAACUCGCCGAACGCUUCUUCAAGCAGGCGCUCGAAAUCGCACCAAACGAUCCGUUUGUUUUGCAUGAGUUGGGAGUCAUUGCAUACCAGAGCUCUAAUUUCACUUCCGCUGAAAAACACUUUAGAGACGCUUUGAAUAUAAUUAAGAAUAGGAAAGAGAUAACAGUAUUGCCCGACAAAUGGGAACCACUUCUUAAUAAUAUGGGACAUGUCUUAAGGAAAUUAAAGAAAUACGAAGAAGCCAUCGAUUUUCAUAAACAGGCUCUCAUUCUGUCGCCACAGAAUCCGUCCACUUAUUCUGCACUCGGAUUUGUGUACAGUUUGAUGACUAAGUGGAAUGAAUCCGUCGAAUACUUCCAUAAGGCCUUAGGCUUGAAACGAGACGACUCCUUCUCGACCACAAUGUUAGGCCACGCCAUCGAACAUCUGGUCACUGAGAUCUCCAUAUUUCAGGAUUCCGAUAACACGGCUGAAAAUGCUGUUAAAUAUGAACAACAAAUAGCAAUCAAUGAAUUCUUAGUGUCCAAAGCCAAUGAAGAGAAGAGUUUACCGAAUAUUAAGAUCACUUCCAAUAGAUCCAAAUCUAAUAUAAUGAACACAACAAUACAAUCAAUUGAUACUUCAUUACCAGAUCUAAGCGCUAAUGACUGCGAAAUGGAUAUAAGCAACUGAUUCACAGAUUUUAAUCAUUCAAAACAUUUAUUUUUAACAAAAAUGUAUUUACAAAUUAAUUAAACACUCAUUUGCUUAAA